AUGUAAUAAUGUUUCUACUAAUUUAAAUCUAAAAUUCUAGCUUAGUAUUCAAUAUUGGAGAGUAAUCUGGUAAAUUUAAAUUCAAAACAAAUUAGUAAAACUUUAAGCAAUUUUGUUAAAUUUAAUGAAGAAAAAAAAUAAAAGUUGGCAGAUUAGUUCAUAAGAAGCACUGAGCAAUUUAUAAAAAUUUUGAAUGAUUGCAGCGAUGAGUUUGUAAAUCAGGUUGAUUAAUUCGAAGAUUCUGAAGAUGAAGUUCUAAAUAAUUCUAAUCCAUUCUCAUACGAGUUAAUGAAAGAAAACAAAAGAAAAUCAAUUGGAUGUUGCUCGUUUGCAUUUAAUAACGAUUCAUCUAUUAUUGUGGCUGGAUUAGAUAAUGGUACAAUUCAGAUAUUUGAGUUAAUAAAUGAAUUGAUGAAAGAAAAAUAGAUAAUAAAAAAUCAUACAGAGGCAGUCUAUUGCUUAUAAUUUAUGCCAAAAACUAAUCAAUUUGUCUCUGGAAGUGCAGAUGCAAGUCUUAUAAUCUGGUCGAUGAAUGAUUAGCAAGAAUGGUUUAAAAGUUCUAAGUUGUUAGGACAUACUGGCAUAAUGAUGUGUUUAAUAAUAGAUAAUAGUGAAAAUAUGAUAUUCUCAGGGAACAGCGAUCGAUCUAUUAAAAUUUGGGAUAAGUAGUAAAAUUAUCAAUGCAUAUAAACUUUCGAUGAAAUAACAGGAGAAGUAUAAUCAUUAAGUUUGAAUUCUAGAUAAGAUAUGCUGAUUUCUAGUGUUGAAUAUUCAGAUUAGAUAUAUGUGUAUGAAAAAUAUCAUAAUUAAUGGAGAUUUUACAAGAUUAUAUCAGUGAAGCCUUGGGGAUAUAGGCUAUGCUUUAUAGACGAAAUUAGAUUUGCAUUUCAACCUUUUGCUUCCUAGUUCAUGGAAAUUUAUGAAUUAAAGCGAGAUGCGAAGGUGUUUACUUAAAUAAAAUAAGUAUCAGUGUUACCAAGUUCUUAAUGUGAUGCUUUAUUCCCUUAGCAAUUUAUUAAACAAAAAUCUAUUUUAAUAACCAAGAAUGGAUAGUUUGUAAAUUUAUUCAGAAUUAUGCCAAAUAACACAAUUUAAAGUUAGGUACCAAUAAAAUUUUGUGAUGUAUAAAUAUAUGGAGCAUUAGACAAAAAUGGUGAAUAUUUAAUUACAUGGGACGCUACUUCUUAACAAAUAUAAUUAAGAAAAUACAAAGAGGAAUAGAUAAGUAAUUGAACUAUAGAUGUAAUUUGACUCUAUAUCAUUAUUUUUGAACUCUUUCUUAAA